ACCCGUGAGCCUCAAGAACUUCCGGCUGGGACUCGUCGGUGAGUGUUAGGGUACAGAGCCACAUUUAACCCGGAGAAAGGGGACAAAGGCAACGACAGCCUGACAAACAAUAGAGGAUUUGGAAUUAUAAGGCACCCAGUCGCACCCGUCACACAUGCCCACUUCUAAAGGCAAGGUCAACUUCAUGAUGAGCACUGUAUUUUUGGGACUACAAAUAGCUCCAGUCGAAAAAAUGCAUCUUGAAGAAGAAAACUUAAGUCGUACUGGACUCUAAGUCGCAUUUUUGGGGGAAAUUUAUUUCCCAAAAACAGAGACGAAGAACAGUGGAGCUCGGACUGGGACCCAAAAUCAAUUAAUUCAAUGAUUUUUGGGGGGCUGUGGGGUGAGGAUUCAAAGGAAAUUUUGAUUGCAUUUUUUAAUAGACAGUUCUUAUCAUAAUUCGAGUCAACCACCGAUCUGUGCACAGCCAUAAUUAAAAUAUAUCAUUUCACACGCUCGUAAAUGUUAACUCCAAGUAUCUGCUACUCCUGUACCACUGAAAGUUAAUUUACAGUAAAGAUUGCCGGAAAGACAACUGAGAAAGAUUGAACACAAAUGGGGGCCCAAAGAAAAUCAUAUCCUGCAGAAUUCAAGCUGCAAGUUGUGAAAUACGCAGUCGAAAACAGUAAUCGAGCAGCAGGAAGAAAGUUUGGAGUGAGUGAGACUGGUGUAAGGGCAUGGCGAAAAGCGAAGGUUACUCUUCUUGCAAUGAAGAAAACGCGGAAAGCUAACCGCGGGCAAAAAGCAAGAUGGCCACAGCUGGAGGAACGAGUUCAUAGAUGGGCGCUUGAACAACGUGCUGCCGGGAGAGGCUUGUCAACCACUAAGUUACGUCUCCACGCCCUGGUAGUUGCCAAGGAGAUGAAUGUUAGUGACUUUGCGGGAGGACCUUCUUGGUGUUACCGCUUCAUGCAACGCAACCGCCUCUUUAUCAGAGCACAGAAACCGGUGGGCCAAAAACAGCCAGCAGACUUCCAAGGCAAGACCGACAGUUUCCGUGAGAUCGGCACAACCAUGAAGAACAAGAUGACAAAGCAAGUGAUCGUGAGCCCAGACUCAAUCCCAGAUGAGACAGAUGGGUUAAAUUCGCUGACGUGGCUCAAUACUCUUCUGAAGACCAAAUUCCAGGAGAUGCAGCACAUUUCUUCAGGCGCUUGUCACUGCCAGAUCAUGGAUUGCGUCAUCCCAGGUUCCAUAGACAUGAGCAAGGUGAAGUUUGACGCACAGGCUGAGUAUGACUGCAAGCACAACUUCAGUCUCCUUCAAGAAGCCUUCACCAAGAACCACAUCACAAGGAGCAUUCCAUCUGAUGAACUCAUAAGAGGGGAUUUUAAAAUCAACUUAGAGUUCCUGUUAUGGUUUAAAGCCUUCUACACAGCCAACGUGACGGAUGAAGAAUACGACGCCGUCAAUGCUCGGAACAACCGUGACAUCAGCCUGUAUCUGCCAUCCAAGUGUCCUACAAAAAGCAGCAGAAGACUGGACUCUGCUGCUCUGGACUGUGAAGUCAAGAAAGAUGAGCCAAUGAACAACAUAAAGUGUGAGACCCCGGGAAUUGCAGAUGACGAAUCUCUGUUUGACAGUGAAUGCUCAAUAGAGAGCAACGGUGAACGCAUGUCAGACAGUCCCGAUAAGCAAACAAUCCCACAAGUUAACACAGUCAAUGAACAGAAUGAGGUCUAUAUGAGAUAUUUAAAGCCAUGUCACGUCGCCCUUACAAAGUUAAAAGACCUGAACAUACAUGACAGCCCUCUUGGAGAGAAUGGCGAUUCUGGCAAAAGGGGGGCCACGAGAGGAGGUCUUGACUGGCAUUGCAGUUUACGCCAGAAGCCACAAGCGCGCACAGUGUUUCAGGCUGAUGGCGACGUCGCUUCCAGACUUGCGGAAAAGACGUCACCCAGGCAUAAAGCGCACAAAGGGCGACGGAAAGCCAAUUACCAGGAUGGGAAAGGUUUUUUGACUGGCGAGCUCGUAUGGGGGAAAGUGGAGGGCUUUGCUUGGUGGCCCGGCUUGGUGAUUCCUUGGAAAACCAAAUUUUCCCCACAAGGUUUGCGGCGGGUCGAAUGGUUUGGAGAUGGAACCUUCUCCAAGAUCCACACGGAAGCGUUGUUGCCUUUUCGGGAUUUCACCGAAUGUUUCUGCAAAAAUUCAUUUGCCAGCGUGGCCACCUACAAGGUCGCCAUCUUCCAGGUCAUCGAGCUGGCAAGUGAACGCUGUGAAAAGUCCUUUGAAGAGGCAAAAGACGAUAAAGAAAAAGAACUUAAUCUGAUGGUGGACUGGGCAGUGAAAGGAUUUCUGCCAACAGGACCGCAGGGAUUUGCUCCAUCUGUUGUUCAAGAUGCUGUCCAAAUGUCCAAUUCAGACUCUGCUCAUUCUGACUACCAGCCGCCUGUGAAAAGGAAACAUGCUUUUAAGAGUCGAGCAAGCACCUCCAACUACAUUUUCACAAGAGACAUUUUAAUUGAGAGGCUUAAAGACAAAGGCACAAAAAUCAAAGAUUGUUGUUUGGCUUGCGGGUCGGCUGACAUCGUUGUGCAGCACCCAUUGUUUGAAGGCGGUCUUUGUUUCAAAUGCAAGGAGAACUUCAUAGAAACACUGUAUCGCUACGAUGAAGAUGGCUACCAAUCGUACUGCACCGUGUGCUGCGGGGGGACGGAGGUCAUUCUUUGUGGCAACGCCAGCUGCUGCAGAUGUUUCUGUAAGGACUGUGUGGAGAUCCUGGUGGGUCGGGGAACCUUUCGCGUGCUGAAAGAUGUCGACCCCUGGAGCUGCUACAUUUGCCAGCCGGCCCAGUGCGAGGGAAACCUCAAACUCAGGCCCGACUGGAGCGUGAGGGUCCAAGACCUCUUUGCCAACAACAGUGCCAUGGAGUUUGAGCCUCACAGAGUUUACCCGGCCAUCUCCGCAGACAGACGCAAGCCCCUGAAGGUUCUGUCGCUCUUUGACGGCAUUGCCACAGGAUAUUUGGUGCUCAAAGACCUCGGCUUGAAGGUGGAACGCUACAUCGCCUCGGAGAUUUGCGAGGAUUCCAUCGCUGUCGGGAUGAUCAAGCACGUGGGCAAGAUCGAAUAUGUCAAGGACGUCCGCACCAUCACGAGGAAACAUCUGGCUGAAUGGGGCCCGUUUGACCUGCUGAUUGGAGGAAGUCCGUGCAACGACCUCUCUAUGGUCAAUCCCCUGCGAAAAGGAUUGUUUGAGGGCACCGGAAGGCUCUUCUUCGAAUUCUACCGCAUUUUGACGCUGCUGAAGCCAAAGGAGGGUGACGACCGUCCGUUCUUCUGGCUCUUUGAGAAUGUGGUGUUCAUGUCCACCAGAGACAAGACGGACAUCUGUCGAUUCCUGGAGUGCAAUCCAAUCAUAAUUGAUGCUGUGACUGUUAGCCCUGCACAUCGAGCUCGCUACUUCUGGGGAAACCUGCCAGGCAUGAACAGGCCGCUGACGGCCUCUCUGGAUCAAAAAUUGAAUCUCCAAGAUUGUUUGGAAGUCGGCCGUGUGGCAAAGCUGGAUAAGGUGCGAACCAUCACAACAAAAUCCAACUCCAUGAUUCAGGGGAAGUUGGGACUUCCUGUCAUCAUGAACGGCAAAGAAGACUACCUGUGGUGUACCGAAAUGGAACAGAUUUUUGGUUUUCCCAAACACUACACGGACGUGAACAACAUGGGCCGCAUGCAGCGCCAGAGAGUCCUGGGGCGCUCCUGGAGCGUCGCCGUCAUCCGCCACCUGAUGGCGCCGCUCAAGGAUUAUUUUGAAUGUGAAUCACACCAGUCAGGUCCGUAAGGUUGUCGGCGCAUGCAGACUUCCACGCACUGGCGCCAGGGCUCUUCCUGAAACACCAAAUGUUUGCCGCUGCAGGUCGUAUCCUCCCAUAUUACAAAAACAUGCGUGUAAACGGGCCUUGUGUGAGAAUGUGAGUGUGAAUGACUGUUUUUCGAAAUGUGCCUUGCGAUUGGCUGGCCACCAGUCUAGGGCGUACCCUGCCUCUCGCAACUGAGGAAAGAAAGUAAAUUCACGGACUGAUUUUUUUUAAACCUUGUUUUUAAUGUCAUGAAUUUUAAAAACAUUUAAAUGUCUCGUUGAUUAAAGGGAAGUAUGUGCUUUAAAAAUAGAACACA